GAAUAAAGUAGGUCUUCGAGAGAUAAGGUUGUGCUCAGUUUGGAACUUGGGCGACAUUGUCGCCGUUUCUACAGACAUGGAAAUUUUAAAAUGUAUUGCAGUUAUACUGAUAAUUGCUAACACCGCCACUUCACAAGGCGUGCGGCGAAGAACAUUUGAAGAAAAAAUCGAUUCAAGAACAAGCUAUAAUGCAGAAGAACAAAUACAUUCAUCAAGGCGUUUGAUGUUCCUGGAAGACCUGCCUGCUACUUGGUCUGAAUGGACGGUAAGAGGAAGUUGCUCUGUAUCGUGUGAUGGUCAAGGUUACCUUGAGAAAGAGCGUACCUGUUCCACAGGGAAACACAGUGAUUGUGAAGCCAUUGGUGGGAAAUGGUGGUCAGUGGAGGCAUGUGAUAAUGGACCAUGCAGUGCGAGUUGGACAGAAUGGAACUCGCAGACAUCGUGCUCACAAUCAUGUGGAGAGGCGGGGUACUACGAGGUCAAGAGAAACUGCUCCAACAGAGUGUUACGUGAUUGCGAGGCACAAGGAGGAAGGUACUGGGAAAUACGUGUCUGUGACAAUGGACCUUGUGUAGCAACCUGGAUGGAAUGGUCUGCAUAUUCAACAUGUCAGAAAUCGUGCGGUAUAGGCGUCACGGUCAGGUACCGUAACUGUAGUACGGGAGUUAACUCUGAUUGCACCGGCAAAAGUUAUCAGCUAACCGCCUGUAAUGCUGGGCCUUGCAUAGCUGGAUUAACAACAAGUACAACAACAACAACAACAACAACAACUCCAAAACCAGUUCCGGCAUUAUGGGCAGAAUGGAGCAAUAAGGUUGUUUGCUCUGCAUCUUGUGGACCAGGAUAUGGUGAAAAGACACGCACGUGCUCCACCGGAAGUAAAGCAGAUUGCACAGGAAAAUCAUGGAAUGUGUAUGCAUGCAAUUUAGGCGAGUGUAUCGUUGAUGGAUAUUGGGGAGGAUGGCAGGAGUGGAGCACGUGCGGAGUGUCUUGUGGUGGAGGUCAGAUAUCCAGGUCAAGGUCAUGUGAAUAUCCCGAUCCAAAUAUCAAAGGUGAUCCAUGCAAAGGAGACAGCACAGAAACGAAGCCCUGCAAUACGGAUAAAUGUCCGGUUAAUGGAGUAUGGACACAAUGGUCGGUAUGGUCGCAGUGUUCAAUGACGUGUGACGAAGGAGACCGUUCGCGCACGCGUAGCUGCUCGUUCCCAAGCGACGCUCCUCACGGCAACGACUGCUUUGGCCCUGCAACUGACACAGAAAAAUGUAAAAAAGCUGACUGCUCAGUUGAUGGGUACUGGGCUGACUGGUCCUCGUGGUCGAUAUGUACUAAAACAUGUGAUCAAGGUCUCAAAUUCCGAGCACGCACGUGCCUCUAUGACGACACAAAACCACGUGGUAAGGCAUGCAGUGGUGAAAGAGUGGGCAGGUUGGCAUGUAACGAAGGGCCUUGUUCAGUCGAUGGCGUUUGGAGUGAUUGGUCAUCGUGGUCACAAUGUACACACACGUGCAAUGGCGGAAAACAGUCACGUGAACGGGUGUGCACGUUCACGCCUGGAAAGAAACACGGAGCUGAUUGUACCGGGGACGUGAGAGAAUACCAAGACUGUGGAUUACAGGAAUGUGCAGUUGACGGUACUUGGGGCGCUUGGGCACCAUGGGCAACAUGCUCAAAAACAUGCGGUGGUGGAACUCAAGCAAAGUCAAGGACAUGCCAGUACCGAGGCUCGAGCCCUAGCACUCCGCAUGGAAAACCUUGUGAUGGAGAGGCAAUUAAGUCACAAGCAUGUAAAACACAGGAAUGCCCAGUGGAUGCUAAAUGGACAAUAUGGUCGGCUUUUGGUCCGUGCAGCGCCACGUGCGGAGGAGGUUUCCGCGUGAAGUCACGCACAUGCACAUAUCAUCCUACAGCACCAAUGGGCAGAAACUGCACGGGCAGCCGGGAGUUUUCAGAAGAGUGUAACCCACAGUCAUGUCCAGUGGACGGAGUACUGACAGACUGGGAGAACUGGAGUUACUGCACGGCCACGUGUAAUGGCGGUACCAGGUUCAGAACCAGGCAAUGUUUCUUCCAGCUCAAUGUUCCACAUGGUGCUAACUGUACAGGUGCACUUCGAGAUGACGAACCCUGUAACGAGUCCCCAUGCCCAACUACAACAACAACAACAACAACAGAGGCCCCAGUUGAUGGUCACUGGUCGAAAUACGGUCCGUGGAGUGACUGCACUUCGACAUGUGGUGGGGGACAACAUACUCGAUACAGGAACUGCACAUACCCUGACCACAGCCUGCACGGGAAAUACUGCCCGGGCUCAAACAACACGACUAGAGCAUGUAACACACAACACUGCCCAGUGGAUGGUACCUGGUCGAACUGGAGUGUAUACAGUAGAUGUUCAGCAACCUGCGCAAAUGGUACCCAUAUCAGAACCAGGACUUGUAACUUCGAUCCGAGGUACGACCAUGGUGCUGACUGUGUGGGUAUUUCAAAGCAAACCGACACCUGUUGGGCUGGCGAAUGUCCAGUUGACGGAGUCUGGGCUGACUGGGGUGCCUGGCACACUUGUACAGUCUCAUGUGGCGGGGGCACGCAGGAGCGUACCAGAGUUUGCUCAUUUAAGAAGGGCUCGCCUCAUGGUGCAAACUGCACUGGAGAUACCCACGAGAGCCAGCCAUGCGGAACAGAGUUUUGUCCAGUUGAUGGUAAUCUUACUGAGUGGUCAACAUGGACUGCUUGUCCGGUCACCUGCGGUGGAGGCACCGAAACAAGGAAUCGAACUUGCGAGUUCCCGCCAGAUCGUCCACGGGGCAACAAUUGUACUGGAAAAUUAGAUCAGGUGAAGCCCUGCUCGGAUAAUCUGUGUCCUGUUGACGGAUAUUGGGAUGAUUGGCAAAGCUGGGGAGCCUGCUCUGUUACGUGUGGAGGUGGGAACCAAAGAAGGAGAAGGAAAUGUCACUUUGAUCAGACAGCACCCCAUGGACUGGAAUGUGUCGGACAGAAAAAAGAGGGACGUUCUUGUAACACGGAAAAAUGUCCAGUUGACGGACAUUGGGCGCCGUGGGCGAGCUGGUCAAAGUGUUCCGUGUCUUGCGAGAAUGGAACCCACACACGUGACCGCACAUGUAUAUUCCUAGACGAUGCCCCACAUGGUAAUAAUUGCACAGGCAACGGAUCUGAUAUAGAGGGAUGUAACAAUGGACCGUGCCCAGUCGAUGGCACGUGGUCGGACUGGACUGUUUGGACUGACUGCACGGUGACAUGUGGCAAUGGUACUAAAUCUAGGAACAGGUCCUGUGAUUUUCCGGACGGUAUACCGCAUGGCAAAGAUUGCAUGGGCCCAUCAGCUGAGACGGACGUUUGUAACACAAAAUUAUGUCCAAUUGAUGGUAGAUUUGAUCCGUGGGGCUCAUGGUCAACUUGUAGUGCCACUUGUGGUGGCGGAAGUCAGGAUAGACAACGCGCAUGCGUGUUUGAUGACGUCGCUCCACCUGGUCAAAACUGCACCGGAAAUUUCAGUGAAUCCCAGCCUUGCAAUACUGACAGUUGCCCAGUUGACGGAGUGUGGUCAAAGUGGAGCAAUUUCACGGAUUGCACGGUGUCGUGUGGAAAUGGAACGCGCUUCCGCACCAGAAAAUGCGAAUACAGACCGAUUGGUUCUCCUCAUGGAAACAACUGCACUGGGUUAGAUCUUGAGACAGAGGUCUGUGGGACAGACUUGUGUCCAGUUGAUGGAAAACUCUCUGCUUGGACCGUAUGGACACCUUGUUCGAAAUCCUGUGAAAAUGGUACCCAGUCACACAACAGAACUUGUGACUUUGAUGAGAAAGCCCCACAUGGGAAGGAUUGUGACGGCGACUUGUAUGCCACCAGGUCAUGUAAUGAAGAAAAAUGCCCAAUCAAUGGACAUUGGUCAGACUGGAGUAACUUUACCGAGUGUACAGUGUCCUGUGCCGGAGGGACGAAGGUUCGAAACCGAACCUGUCUGUUUGACGAAUCGGCACCUCAUGGAUCCCAGUGCUUCGGCAACACAACAGAUACACAGGAUUGUAAUACUGAGCGUUGUCCAGUUGAUGGACAAUGGGGGGAAUGGAAUGCUUGGCACAGCUGUGAUAGAACAUGUGGCGGUGGACACAAGGUUCGAGACCGCACAUGCGAGUACCCGCCCGAUACACCACAUGGUAAUAACUGCACGAGCGGCCCAGCACAGGAUAUUGCUGAAUGUAACCCAGAACUGUGUCCAGUUGACGGUACCUUUAGUGAAUGGUCAACGUGGACGUCAUGUUCGGCUUCUUGUGGAGGUGGUGUUAGGUUUCAUACACGGAAGUGCGAGUUCCCUAAAGACACACCACAUGGUAAUAACUGUACCGGGGCCGAGUCGGAGCAGGGAGCGUGCAACACAACUCUAUGUCCAGUUGAUGGGGAGUGGGCCAACUGGGAAACAUGGACAACAUGUUCGGUGACGUGCGGCGGUGGCUCUCGGUCCAGAAAUAGAAACUGUACAUUCAAUAUAGAUGUUUCAAACCCAGCGCCUUAUGGGAAAAAUUGUUCCGGAAGUUACGUUGAUACACAGACAUGCAAAAAUGACACGUGUCCUGUCGACGGAACCUGGAGUGACUGGAGCGACUAUUCACCUUGCACCAAAUCCUGUGGGUGGGGCAUUUCGACAAGGAUGAGACAGUGUGAGUUUCUCCCAUUAGGUUCUCCGCAAGGCAACAACUGUACAGGAAACUAUUCACAAUCCAUAUUCUGUAACACGACUGAAUGCCCCCAGGACGCUGUGUGGACUGACUGGAGCAAAUGGACAGACUGUAGCGCCGCGUGCGGUGGAGGAAACCAGACACGCGACCGACAAUGUAAAUGGCCAUCUAAUGUGCACGGGAAUGACUGCUCAGGAGACAGCAUGGAAACGAAGGCCUGCAACACAGACCUUUGCCCUGUGGAUGGGGUAUGGAGUGAAUGGUUUGAAUGGACUGCUUGCAGUGCCACGUGUAACCUUGGGCGUAGAACUCGAACCAGAAAUUGCACAUUCGACGACAAGGCGCCAAAGGGAGCGAUAUGUCCCGGAAAAAAUUCGGAGACAAAGUUUUGUAGAGACACGCUCUGUACAGUUGAUGGAAUUUGGUCCCAGUGGACUACAUGGGCUGCAUGCUCAGUGACCUGUGGUGAUGGAGGGACCAGUAUGAGACAGAGAUUAUGCGCUUAUCCCGUGCCUGGAGCUCCUCAUGGCAAAAAUUGUACGGGAGAUAGUUCUGAAAGUCGCUUGUGUGGUGGUGAUAAUAAAAACAACACUCUAUGUGCAGUUGACGGACAAUGGGGAGAUUGGGGCUCAUGGUCAACAUGCUCUGUCACUUGCGGUCAUGGAGACGAGCACAGGACACGCUCGUGCGUGUUCGACCCAGAUAGACCACAUGGUCACGAUUGUCCAGCAGGAGGCGAAAGCAUGACACAGUCUUGCACAAAACUAGAUUGUCCGGUUGACGGUGUUUGGCUAACAUGGUCUCCUUGGACCGCGUGCUCAGUCACGUGCGGAGGAGGUCUAGAAACCCGCAACCGUGUCUGUCACUUCCAAAACCACGUGCCGCAAGGGAAUUAUUGUGUCGGAGCAGAACGUGAAAAACAAACUUGUAAUAACGACACAUGCGCAGUGGACGGCAUUUUUUCGGAGUGGGGUAAAUGGUCAAAGUGUACAACAACUUGCGGCGGCGGAGAGCAGACGAGAAAUAGAACGUGCGAGUUUAUUCCACCUGCUGCCCCUCGUGGCAAAAAUUGUACUGGACCAUGGGACGAAAGCCAGUCGUGUAGUGACAAUUCGUGCCCCUCUACUACGAGCUCCACCUCAACGACUACCACUCCUACAACUACAACCCGCGCACCCACGACUACGUCCACAACGACCUCUACAACGUCAACAACUCAAACGACUACGCCGUUAACGACCUCCACCUCAGUGGCCACAACACCAUCGACUACGACCACAACCGCCUUACCAACAACUCCGAGGUCAUGUUUCCUUUGCCAAGGACCUCCCGUCAUCUGUGAGAAACUAAAUUUUCCAGCAGAAUGCCCGCUAGAAAAGCAAUUUUGUAUCAACUCUUUGAGCAACUUCAAGAAUGCAUCCAGAAUCGUUGAUAUGAGAUGCGGAACCAGAGAAGAAUGCCAGACAGGAUGGUUUGAGAAGUAUUCGUCAGAUGAUAAAUGCACCAGUUUCGACCAGACUUACAUCUACACCAACAGGUUCGACUGCGAGUUUUGUUGCAAUGACGAUGAUUGUAACCAGUUUAUUAAUCCAACAACCAAGUGGCAUCCAUAGUGAUAAGAAUCGAUGGAAAGGGUUUUUUUUAAAUGUUGUACCAUGUUGUGUUAUAUAUAUGGGAAAUAUGUUAGUGUUUUUAUUUAACUUCGCAGUAAUUUUACACUUUCAAUGAUUAUACAUUUGGCAAAGUUUAUGUAUUAGAUCACAAAGUAUUUCAAUUAUAAAUCAAUCUUUCCUGAGAUACAAACACUAUCGUAUUUUUAUUUAAAAUUAAACGUAAGUAAUGCAUAAAGGAAUAAAUGAAGAAAAUCAAAAUCAUUUUACAGCUUCGAUAAACAGGAGCCUGAGAGUAUGCUUGAAAAUGUACAUAUUAACCUUUAGCCUGAUUUUCCUUUGCGGCCAGUGCAGACCAAGAACAGCGUGCACGUCCGUCGUGCAGGCUGAUCAUGGUCUGCGCUGUUCGCUAUUCAGUCAGAAAAUUUUCAAUGAACACCCGUUUGAAUAAUAAAUAGUAUUGCACAAAUUGAAUGAUGGACCUGUUCAUUUUCGAAAUAUAGCAGGAAGUAAGGGUUAAACAUGUUUAUUGUCUGAUGCUGACCUCAUGUCAGAAGAAGUGUAUUAGAUCUAUUCUUAGUCACUAGGCAAAACAGACUAAUCAAAUGCUAACCUCCUUGGUAUACGGAUAUUUUCAUUAAAAAUAAAACAGUAAUUUUCAACUCUUAAGAGAAGAACAGAAACCGUAUUCAAGGAUUUUUCUUGAAAUUGGAUAAGAGUAUGAGAGGUUAGAAUAAAGAAUGUUUAUCUACAAAUGUUUUAAGAUUGUUGAUUAUUUUCCUUCGGAUAUAUAUAGAUAUAUGAUGCUUAUUUCUUCCAAAGGGGUCCGACACAGUAAAUGUGCGUGGAUUAAUUUUUUAUGUGCUUGCUUGCAGCUCGAUUCGUUGCUAGAUAAGGGUUCGCACCAUUUACUGUUGAUAGUAUGUCAGAUUAGAGAUAAAUGUAUGUAUUUAAAACUUAUUGAAGCAAUUUUAAAAGUGUACGUUUCAGGCAGAGUGUAUGCCAUGCUUCAACCGGAAAAUUGUCAAUUGUAAUCUUUGAGUGGCAAUAUAAACAGAGAACGUUUAAAUACUAGCCUAUGAGAAAAAUAAAACAGUAUCGGGCUUUGAUGAACUGACACCAGGACACUGAAGUCAUUUAACUUAAUCCACCCAUAUUGUGUCGGCCCCUUUGAUUUCAUCUUUAGGUAUAAGAGAUUUCUAUCAUAUCAAUGUCAUGAAACGGCUGGGAACUGUUGGGUAAUCAUUCGUGGCUUCGGCCUGGGCAAAUGGAACUAUAUAUAAAAUCCAGUCAUUUUUUUUGUCGUUUUUCUGUUGGAAGAUGGAUGUAGAAUACGCCAAUUUAAAGUAAACAAGAUUUUAGACGUAUUCACAUGCAAAAAUAUUACAUGAUUUUUUAAUAAUGCACAGAUACCUGACGAUGUUUUUCUAGCUGUUAAGAACAUGGUGCAUUUAACGUGUCUUUGAUUAUCUAUUGUUUUAAAUUCAUAUAAUAGUAUUUACGUAUUUAAACGAUUCAUACGUGAAUUCCAUUUUUAUUUAUCCGUAGAUACCAGUUUUAAAAGUUUAUUAUUUGAUAUUGUAUAAUUUGCUCAACGAGAUAUGAUAUAUCAAAAGAAAAAGAUACCUGGGCACAUCUUUUAGAAUUUUUAAAAUCCUGUGCCCACAGAACAUGUUUCGUAUUUAAAGCAUGUUUAAAUGUUUGUUACCAAUAAAUAGUC